AUGGUCCUAGCCGACAGAGGCGUGGUUUGCAUCGAUGAAUUCGACAAGAUGAGUGACAUUGACAGAACGGCUAUACACGAGGUCAUGGAACAAGGAAGAGUGACCAUCGCGAAAGCUGGCAUACACGCGAGCUUAAAUGCCAGGUGUUCUGUACUGGCGGCAGCCAAUCCUGUCUACGGAAAGUAUGAUCAGUACAAAACGCCUAUGGAAAAUAUAGGUCUUCAAGAUUCGCUUUUGUCCCGUUUCGACUGUCUUUUCGUCAUGCUAGACGCCAUAGACGAGGACAACGAUCUGAAGAUAGCGGAUCACGUGGUUAGGAUGCACCGAUACAGAAACCCUUUGGAACAAGACGGCGAAGUCCUGCCGAUGGGCUCCAAGGUGGACAUGUUGAGUACCGCCAAUCCCGAUGAAGAUCUCGACGACAAAGUGACACCCGUCUACGAGAAAUACGACAGCCUCUUACACGGCGCCAGCCGCAAAAAGACCGACAAGAUACUCAGCGUCGAGUUCAUGCGCAAGUACAUCUACUUCGUCAAAAUACUCAAGCCGAAAUUGACCGAGGAGGCGUCGGAGAUCAUUUCCGACGAGUACUCGCGACUGCGCAGCGAAGAUCUGCUGGAAAAUGAUGUGGCUCGG